AACAACGCCACCUGCUGUGCUGAAGGGAGACAUUUUCCACCGAGUUGGGCCUUUUUCUUCCUCUCUGCUGACGAGACACUGGUGAACGACACUAUGCCUGCCGUAGUUAUAAUGGAUGAAAAUUAUGACAAACUUUUAGAGCAGUGCCAAACACAGGAACUUGAGGCUCCAGGUGGCAUUGCAACCCCUCAAGUGUAUGCCAAGCUGUUGGCGCUCUAUCUACUGCACAAUGACAUGAAUAAUGCCAGGUACCUGUGGAAGCGAAUUCCUCAAGCCAUUAAAUCGGGAAACCCAGAGCUGACGGCCGUGUGGGCCGUGGGUCAGCGCAUAUGGCAGCGAGACUUCCCAGGGAUCUACUCGGCCAUUGCAGCUCACCAGUGGUCUGAGAACAUCCUGCCCGCCAUGGAUGCCCUGCGAGAGACCACACGUAGGAGGGCCUAUGGCCUUGUGGCCCAGGCGUACACCUCCAUCACGGCAGAAGACUUUGCAGCCUUUGUGGGCUACUCUGUGGAGGAAGCUGUGAAGGGGGUGGUGAGCCAGGGCUGGCAGGCGGACCCUGCCACCAGGAUGGUAAUGCCCCAGAAACCAGAUCCUCCCCCUGUCUCGCUGGUUCCAAAUGAGCAGCAGCUGGCCAGACUCACUGACUACGUGGCUUUCCUUGAGAACUGAUCAAUUACCUUCAGCCCCGUUUGUCUGCCGUGAGGAGGACUCCAGAACGCCCCUCUUCCAGAGCUUAGAUGGACACACGCACCAUACACACACACACACGCACACGUAGGACAUCAAGCUCACCCCCCUUGUGCAUGAUUGUGGUCAUGUCUCUGGAAGCGAGACACCAUGUUUUCAGAAAGAUGGGCCUCGGACUUACGAUUCAGGUCGUACGUCCACUAACUCUGUUGUUGGGCAACCCUUAGUAAAUGACUGCGACUUUACGAAGUGGCAGUCUCAAUGAUUAUAGUAGUUCAUUUCAUGUCAAUUCUGUAAGAAAAACAAUACUGUUUUCACACGCACGUUGGCAGAAUUUGAUUGUCCGCAGCUGCCCGACUAUGUGAAAAUCUGAGUUCCGCAUCAGACUCUAACCCGCAAAUAGGCUGAUAGAAAAUCCCCGUACAGUCCGAGACUGCGGAAAGAUCUUUGGAUGGGGUGUAGGACGUUUUUUUUUUUUUACUAAUAAUUUCCCAAAUUUUGGUAGGCUAUUUGUUAGUCAACUUUUCUAUAAUUAUAUGCACGCAGCUUCUCUUCUGUCAUUACUGCCCUAGAAGACUCAAUAAACCCUUGUUCACCAGAAUGUCGUAAAUCGAUGAAAUCUUGUUGACUUCUGUAAAGUUUUCUCUUUCAUCUCUCCUGCAGCAGAGGUUUAGGGACCGGGGGGGGGUAAAUGCAAUAAAACAUUUUUUUAAAGAUUUUCUGUGCAAAAUGUACAUCAAUCUGACCAGUGUGAAGAUAAUUAAAAGCAGUGAAAACAA